UCCGAUCUCACAGGCGAACUGAUAUUUAUCUCCCUCUCCGAAAAUGGAAACGGAAAUCGUGAGAGAAAAAUCGCUGCGUCUCCGAUUCUCAGCGAUUCGAGCUGUUGUAUGUUUUCUGAGUUGAUGGCGAACCUUCCUCAAUCGCUCUCCCUCAAUCCCCCUUUCGUCGGUCCAAACCCUUCCUCAGCCAACGCCAGCUCUCAGGGAAACAAAGACAGGAAGAUGGCCACUGCCGAGCAACUUGUCUUCGAACUUAGCGAUCCCACUCUCAGAGAAAACGCCCUUCUCGAUCUUUCCAAGAAAAGAGAGUUAUUUCAGGAUCUUGCUCCCAUGCUGUGGAAUUCUUUUGGUACCAUUGCUGCGCUCUUGCAGGAAAUAGUUUCAAUAUACCCUGUUCUUUCACCACCAACACUCACUCCGGGUGCAUCUAAUCGAGUUUGCAAUGCUCUCGCUCUUCUUCAGUGUGUUGCUUCGCACCCAGAUACAAGGACUCUUUUCCUCAAUGCUCAUAUACCUUUAUAUCUGUAUCCAUUUCUAAACACCACCAGCAAGACAAGGCCAUUUGAAUACUUGAGACUUACCAGCUUGGGAGUCAUCGGAGCACUUGUAAAGGUUGAUGAUACAGAAGUUAUUAGUUUUCUUCUAUCAACAGAAAUAAUCCCACUUUGUCUGCGAACAAUGGAGAUGGGUAGUGAACUUUCAAAAACAGUGGCUACCUUUAUUGUUCAAAAGAUUCUCUUGGACGAUGUUGGGCUGCGAUAUAUCUGUGCUACAGCAGAACGAUUUUUUGCUGUAGGGCGUGUUCUGGCGACCAUGGUUCAAUCACUUGCCGACCAGCCCUCUAACCGGCUGUUAAAGCAUAUUAUUCGUUGCUAUCUUAGACUUUCGGACAAUGCGAGGGCUUGUGAAGCUUUGAAGAAUUGCCUUCCUGACAUGUUAAGAGAUUCAACCUUCAAUAGCUGCCUUCGUGAUGACCCAACAACCAGGCGGUGGCUUCAACAGCUCAUACAUAAUGUGACCGGAGGAAACCGGGUAGCAGCGCUUCAGGCAGGAGGACUGGAACAUAUGCUGGGCAACUAGGCUAUUUAUAUUUCUUCACGACCCACGCACACGAAUUUUGCUGUUGGUUGAGGUACGUCUGUUGUUGCCUUUGUUGCAAGGGCAUUAGUUAGUGGAGCUUCACUGAAUGUUCAAGUGCCAACUCAGGCAUUCUUGUUUUCGGUAAUUGUAACAUUAUUCAUGCGUAUAUCAUCGCAGAAAGCUGAGUAGCUGACAAUGUAUUUGCAUUCAGUGUCUCACACUUUGUUCUGGAUUGUUAAAGUUGUGUUGAUUUUUAGGUGCCUUCUUAUAA